AUGGUUUUGCUCUUUUUUACCCCGGCGAAGCAGCUGAUAAGGGACGUGGACGAGGAAGCGGAGAAGAGAGGCGGAGGCGGGAGCAAAGAGAAUAUUGAAGGAGCAGAAAAGGCUUAUCAGAUUGCAAAAAAGGGCCCCAAUUGCAAUCUUUGGUUAUUCCUAUGUGGUGAACUGGUAUUCUCCCGCCAGGCUGCAGAACACAACAUCUUUGAGGGUCUGGAAUGCCGCGGGGCCCCGACUGUGGUGGUGAGUCAGGGCCGGGUGGUGUUUGAGGACGGCAAGCUGCAAGUUCAACCAGGAACUGGAAGAUUCAUCCCUCGCCAAGCCUUCCCGGACUUUGCCUACCAGCGACUGAAGUUCAGGAAUCAGAUGAAGGUCACAGGGGUCACACGUGGGCUGUAUGACGGGGCCGUGUGUGAUGUCAUCCUCACCCCCAAAUACAUCACACCCUCACCCUCCGCCAAGACAUCGCCCACCUCGCAGCAACCACCGCCCAUUCGCAACCUUCACCAGUCCAACUUCAGCCUAUCAGGGGCUCAGAUCGACGACUACAUCCCCCGCAGGUCAGGCCAUCGUAUUGUAGCGCCCCCCGGUGGCCGCUCCAACAUCACCAGCCUCGGUUGACUCCCCCCCCGCCCCCCGCCAGUACGCCAUCACGGAUCUGCACAUAUUCAGUCAGUGUUACUUACAAUCAAAGAAACUCACAUUUCGUAUGAUGACCCCCCCCUUUUCAUACGUCACUUAUUUCAAAAUAAAAGCACAAUCAGGCACCUAAACCUCUCCAUCAGUCUAUUGCAUGACGUGCCUGUUGGAUGUGACACUACUUUAUUGUAACGCGCACAAUAACAUAACCAGCACUAUUAUUCUUCGUCUUUAAUCCCAAAAAAAAAGAUCCCAAUCAGAAACCUGCUUCACUGGACUGUGACAUGCAAACAUUCGUCGUUGCAAUAAUUGUAAUAAUCGUAUUAUAGCUCGGCACCAAACACUCAUGUCUGUGUUUUUUACUCACAAUCUUCUUUUUUUUCCUUCAAAAAACAAAGUCCUUGUUUUUGUGUCGUCGUCGUUGUUGUGUUUGUGUAUUUUUAGCCCACUCGUGUUGCUAUUGUCUGAGCCGGGAAUGAUCAAUAAAGACUGUUGACAAA